AUGGCGACAGACGAGGACUAUGCCGCGUUCCUAGAGAAGGCCAAUGCAGACCCGAGUGAAGGAAUCAGCGCAACGCAGAGCGUUGGCAGGGCAGGACUUAAAGCCGUGGAUGAGGGUGAGGCAAUCCCGGCGGUGCUGAAGAGCGCUGUCGCAGAUGCGUUCUAUGUCAGUGAUGCAGAUGAGCCUUUUGAGCCCGUCUGCUUGAAUCUACCGGAGGAUAAGGGCACAUUGCCUGAUGAAGCCACAUUCGCAAAGCUGGUCGAGCACCCACAGCCGGAGGAGGCAGUGGUCGAGAUCAUGGAUAUUGGGAAGUGGGAUCCGCAGGGGCAGUAUAAAGAGCUUGUGGAUGCGACGCGGAAGGCUACGAAGGGGAGCGAUGUUAUGGUUUAUAGGAUUGAGCGAGGUGGAUCUAGGGUCGAAUACUGGCUGGUUGGGGUAGAAGGGGGAAAGCUUUUGGGAGUCAAGGCUUUGGCUAUUGAGAGUUGA